ACCAAACCGAACCUGAUUUGAAAAAAACAACCUUUGCACCUAGCUUAAAAGGAGCGAAGUUCGUCCAAUAUUAAUACCCAAUAAAACCACACAUACAAAGUUGUAUUGGCGUGCAUUUAUUCACCUGCCCGAUACAAGCAUGAUAUACAUGGCUUCUUUUGCGAUGGCGGAACCAUAAUGCUCUACGCAACAUUGCAGUUCAUUAUUAUAAUCGAAAAUAUGGAACUAUAUACCGAGUAGAUUCACCUUGCCGAAGAGAGGCCAUUCAUUAUGAAUCCUUCAAAUAAAAGGCACCUUCGGACUGCCAGCAUUCUUCGACAAACCUUGGACACGUGAAGAACAUACUUGAAUAAAUAGACAAAAUACUUUUCACGAAAGAAAAAUUAAACUGUCAUACAAUAUGGAUCUUCGCGACAACGAAGAAGCUUCAAUCAACUAUACUACAACUGAAGUUGGGGCAUCAACGUCGACCACGAUAGUGAAUACGACAUCGACGACCACGAACUCUUCAUUAAUGAAUGAAACAACACCGAUGACGACGUGGUUGACGACCUUGGAAACGAACAUUACCGAUUGCCCAAAUGGGUUGGAAUGGAUAAAAGAUCAUUUCGGCGACUGUAUCGAGUCGACAACGCAGUUGUUUGCAUUUUCAUGUGCCAUAGUUGGGGUGUCCCUUUGGAUCAUUGGACACUUUUUUUUAUUAAAGUCUCAUCGGAACAAUCCUGAUAUAUCCUGUUACCGCCUUUGCUUCCUCUUCAUCAAUGGAUUGGGGUCAGUUUGCAACUUAGUCGGGACAACGCUUUGUGAUCAACUUGGCACACAGGUUUUGACAGCCUGUUACCUUGUCUUCAGUGAAGUGGUGCUACUUUUCCAGUGGAUCUAUUGGUGGAACAGGAACAGAAAGCUUAAUAAACAAGGACUAUCAUUUUAUGUUUCGUCAGAGGGCUGGAAGUCACCUGAUAAAUCACGUGAUGAAAACACGAUGAACGGGGGAGGGAAUGUUGUUCUCUGUUUGGUCUGCCCUCUCCUAAUGACAGCAUGCUACUUGCCAAUUCGAUUCAGCUUUAUACCGUUACCAUGGCGACCAAGUGACCCAGUCCAUAUCUCCGGCCGGAAACUUCUUAUGGUGUCGGAUUCUACUACAGAUAACUUUGGCUAUGCCAUGGGCUUUGCAGCCCUGUUCCUCUACGCAUCUUGUCAAAUACCAACAAUUGUAAAUAUAGUGCGACACAAGAUGAGCUACACUGUAUCCCUGUGGCAUCAAAGUCUGGUGAUUGCUGCAAACAUUCUAUAUUUUAUAUCCAUCAUAUCGUAUAAUACAGAUCCUGUCUUUCUUACAAACGCGCUUCCAUGGUUAUUGAUAAGCUUGUUCUUUAUUUUCUUCAGUUCAAUUAUUAUUAUCGUUGUGCUACGGAACCGGGGGAUCGGUUCCCAUACCCGGCCAGUCGGUCGGCGGCGACCGGAUGGCACGUUCCUGUUGUAUCCGAGUGAGGAGAGCUUAAACUCGGAUUUAGAACGCACAGGAACGCUUCGAUUUACAGACGAGGCAGGAAAGCUACCUAGUAUUCAGGAGGAACCGCAUCUUGAGAAUAACGAGCAACAAGAAGCUGAAAAUCGUGAUGAAUAUGUAGACGUCGAUCUUAAUGACGACUACGACGCCGAAACAGCCAGCAUACAUAGUCGAGCCAGUGAUUUCAUCAUGGACGACGAGGAAGAUGUCUUUGACCGCGAUGAAGAGAAGAGACGUUCGAUUGCGAAACAAAGAAAGGCAACCGACUUCGAUGAUGACGGCUUGGAGUGGGAUUUUGAUGAUUUUCGACCCAAGUACACUGGUAGUGCUGAUGAUUUAGAGGGCAGCAUUUUGGAUAAGAACCCGUCGUCGCCAAAUCAUCUUCAUUCUCUCGGUGUUCCUCAUGACCAUGGCGAUGAUCUCGAGGACGACGACGAGUGGGACGAGGAGAGAGUACUUGGCGAGAUCGAGAGGGAAUUACAGAUGGGUGAUGAUAUGGAUGGCGACACGAUAUCGAUGGAAUACGACACUGCCGAUGAUGACGGUGACCAUUUCGAUGACAUGCAGUAUUCAUAUGUGUCAAAUUCCUAAUGAGACUAUGAGAGGUGUUACACGGAACUUAUUUGCAACCGAUUUCAAACUUUGAUGCGAAUUUGCAAUUGAUAAAUCAGCAAAUCACCUCGCACUUGUUAUUGCACAUGCGCAAAGACAGAUUGUUUACGCAAUUUAGAGAACAUAUAUCACCUGUCUAAGUGCCAUGUGAUAUGCUUUUUAACCGUUACUAACGAACGAGUUUUCACUACCUUUUGUUGUUGUAAAAUUAUGUAUAUUUACCAUGUUUACAUUCAGCAAAGCCAUAGAAACGUAUUUUUCUGGACAUUAUUUAAUGGUUCUUUUUGUUUUUUAACGCGUUUAUGAGAAUUAACACAUAAAAAAUGACCUAAUGUGUAUAUGAAUUACGGAUGGCAGUCAUUUCAGGUGAGAUUGAAAAAAAUCAGUAUAAAUAAAGAAUGACACAUUGACAAUACAGAAAAGAUUGAAACGAAGAUAGUUACAGUGAUAAAUAGAUAGGAGGAAAGAAAGAUAGAAAAUGAUAGAAA